AGUCAUAAAUUAGUGAGUUGAGUAAUUGGUGGUAAUACCAUCAUAGCGAAUAGAAUUAUACAAAAUAUUUUACUAAAUAGCUUGAAGUUAAACUUUGGCUAAAUCUAAACUAGAGCAUUAAAAUGUCUCUAAGAUUUUUAUGCCGAUUUCUUGCCUAUUCAAAUUUUAAUGAAUUAAUCGCCAAAACCUGGUGACUGGUACGUCGUGCAAAGUUUCUUACUUGUAUCAGCGUCUCUAUGAAUUUUUAUUGAUUUUAUUGGCUAGAGUCUCACGUGAUGGGACAAUCAGUAUUCACAUCUUCGUAUAAAAGCCUAGAGAGAUGCUGGAUGACUGUUCAUUUAGAUUUGAUACACCAACGUUGACCUAGGUUUACUGUAAGGAUGUCUCCAAGUGGCUCUUAUUUUAAUUAAAUCCCCUUAAUAAGAUCGUGUUGAGGACAUUAACACUUGGUCUAGACAUUUGUUUAGCAGCUAUUAGGUUUAAUAAUAUUCAUUAAAUCAAAGCAGCCACAUUUAAUUUGAGAUAGUAAAGUGCAAUGCCCCAGAUGUGUCUAUUUAAGUUGCCGAAAUAUAUGAAGCUUAUUCUCACACUUUCACCCAGUUCAGUAAAUAACUCCCCUUUUUUUUUUGGUUUCAACAGCAACUACUUGGAGUAAACUAUACGAGUGCUAAUAAAGUGUAAAAUCCCUCUAAAAAUGUUAAAGAUGUGAAGUAAUGCCCGAGAGCCAGUGAACGCCAGGAAGUAUUGCACCAUCUUGCCCCAGUUUCGGUCAUUAAAUUAAGAUAUUAAAAGAGCUCACAAUGAAUGCAAGUGAGGAUAAUCAAUUAUUGGAGGCUUCAGAGCCCUCAUCACAGGAUUCGAGUUCAGAGAACAACCUCACAUUAAGCCUGAGAGCUAUUCCCUCCGUGGCUGAGUAUUAUGAAAACAUGACUGCCUUUGUUAGCUUGGCCAUUUUUGUGGCCAGCUUGCUGACCAUCCUGAACAUCUGCAUCUUCUCCAACACCGCCUCGAGAAUGUGCCGGCACCUGAGCAAACCUCUUUUGAAACCAUCGAUCAUGAUGGUCGCCCUGUAUCCCAUCAUCUCAGUGGCAGCGCUCGUGACCAUCCUGGUUCCCUAUUCCUGGUUCAUGUGCCACACAGUGAUGCAUGUGAUGUUCAUGGUUGGUGGACCCGUGUUCCGUACUUUACUCUUCCGUUACGUGAUCUCUGAGCAGAAUUACGUAAAGGAGACGGGCGGAGAGCCGGUCCAGCUGAACACGCCCCCUUGUUGCUGCUGCUGCUUCUGUCUGCCCAUGGUGGUGCCUACGAAGGCGAAGCUGUGCAUCUCCCGGUACAUGGUCUGGCAGAUGCCCUUCUGGCAGGGAUCUAUUAUGCUGGUGAUGAACAUUCUUUAUUACCGUGACAUCAAACUGUACCACCAGGUGAUGUACUUUUUCAUACCCUUCAUUGUCUGUUCGAUUGUGAUGGGAGCGUGGUCGCUGCAAAUCACGGUCCGGAUGAUCACCAAGCUCAGGGGGGACUAUCAGCUGCGGAAAAAGAUGUUCUGCCUCCAGUUGGUCGUGAUGCUGUGCAAGCUGCAGUACCUGCUCCUCUACGACCAGUUGGAUGGAAUCCCCAUGGGCGGGGAGUAUCCCAUCAAUCACACUGUCUACAAACAAACCAUCAUUAAUAUCCUAAUUUUGGUGGAAAUGGUAUUGGUGUCCAUGAUGGUCCAAAGUGCCUACCGCACACCCAUUCAGGUCCAGGUCGACGAGGUCAACAAGGAGAAGGAGAUAACUCGCAUCUGAGUUGAUUUUUUGGCUAAUGGAGUGUUAGUAGCAAAGAAAUGUGAUAAAUUUAAUAAAGAAAUGUUAGUUCAAUUUA